GCGUUCCCUCGUGGGCUAGCCAGCUGCCACUAUCAUUUUUGUUAAAUUUUCAGGAAUCAUGAUUAACCUGUGAUGUGCGAGGCCGUAUUAUUAUUGUUAUUUAUUUUCAUUGAUACAACGGAAGAACUGUGCGAGGCUUUUCUUUAUCUGGGUUCAUGGGUGUUUCAGGGUUUAUCAAAGGGUUAAAUGGUUUCUAUGGAAAUAAACCCAGAAUCAAACUAUACCCAUUUGGCUUUCAUAUUCAAAGCAGAGAGCUAUCGCAUUCCCAAGACCUCAAUGCUGAUGAUUCAAUACUUCCAGUCUUGAUCAUUGGUGCAGGACCUGUGGGUCUCGUUCUCUCUAUAUUUCUCACCAAAUUAGGGGUCAAAUGUGCCAUUUUGGAAAAGAGCAAGACAUUUUCCAACCAUCCCCAAGCACACUUUAUUAACAACCGGUCUAUGGAGGUAUUUCGCAAGUUGGAUGGCCUUGCAGAGGAGAUCCAGAUCUCACAACCACCAGUAGAAUUAUGGAGGAAGUUCAUAUAUUGUACUUCACUAACUGGUCCAAUUCUUGGGUCAGUUGACCACAUGCAACCUCAAGAUUUUGAAAAAGUCAUCAGCCCAGAAUCUGUUGCACACUUUUCACAGUAUAAAUUAAGUAGGUUAUUGGUUAAGAAGCUAGAAGAUCUCAACUUCCAUGUUUGUGGACCUGGAAGCCAGGAAGGCUUUGAUAGUUGCCCUCUAAAGGGAAGAGAAUUAUUGAUGGGGCAUGAGUGUAUAUCAAUCAGUGCUGCUGAUGAGUUUAUUACUGCAACUGCUUCUCAUAGUGUGGAAGGGAAGUACAUGGAGAGAAAUAUCAAUUGCCAUAUUCUUGUUGGUACAGAUGGUGCUGGAAGCACCAUACGGAAGCUUGCAGGGAUAGAGCUAAGAGGUGAAAAAGACCUGCAAAAGCUUGUUAGCAUCCACUUUUUUAGCAGAGGCCUUGGACAAUACUUGCUCAACAAGAGACCUGGAAUGCUGUUCUUUGUUUUUAACACUGAAGCCAUUGGGGUCCUUGUUGCACAUGAUCUUGAGCAAGGAGAAUUUGUAUUGCAGGUUCCCUUUUAUCCUCCUCAGCAGAAUGUGGAUGAUUUUAGCCUAGAGAUAUGCGAGAAGUUAAUUUUCAAAUUGGUUGGUCAAGAACUUUCAGACAUUGAUGUCAUUGAAAUUAAGCCAUGGGUGAUGCAUGCUGAAGUUGCUGAGAAGUUUGUGAGCUGUGACAAUCGAAUAAUACUCGCUGGUGAUGCUGCUCAUCGGUUUCCUCCAGCUGGUGGUUUUGGAAUGAAUACUGGCAUUCAGGAUGCUCAUAAUCUUGCCUGGAAAAUAGCUUCUGUCAUGAAGGGUAUUGCACCAUCUUCAAUUAUCCGUACUUAUGAAAUGGAACGUAGACCGAUUGCAAUUUUUAAUACAGCACUUAGCGUCCAAAACUUUAGAGCAGCCAUGGCAGUUCCUGCUGCUCUUGGUAUUGAUCCAUCUUUUGCAAAUUCAGUGCAUCAAGUUAUUAAUGAUGGGGUUGGCUCCAUUUUACCAUCCAGUAUACAAAAGACAAUUUUGGAAGGGAUUUUCACAAUUGGUCGUGCACAGCUUGCUGAAUCUCUUCUAAAUGAAAAAAACCCACUUGGGUCUUCAAGGCUUGCCAAAGUAAGACGUAUAUUUGAAGAAGGAAAGAGCCUUCAGCUGCAGUUUCCUGCUGAGGAUCUUGGUUUCAGGUACCUCGAAGGAGCAGUUGUUCCUGAUAAUGAUAGCUUGGUGGGAGUUCUGGAACCUCCCACUGGUCGUCGGAGGGACUAUAUUCCUUCUGCAAAUCCGGGGUCAAGGCUGCCCCAUAUAGAUGUGCGUGUACUAUCAAAUUCAUCAAGUGAGGUUACUGUUUCUACACUUGAUCUUGUGUGUGGGGACAAAGUUGAGUUCCUCCUCAUAGUAGCUCCUCUCAAAGAGUCCUACAAACUUGCUCGAGCUGCAUUCAAGGUGGCUGAGGAAUUCAAAGUUUCUGCUAAAGUUUGCGUGUUGUGGCCUGCCGACUCUCUAGAUGAAUUUGAAGUAAGGAGUAAGAAAGCACUGGCACCUUGGGAAAAAUUUAUAGAUGUUGUAGAGGUUAGGAAAUCGUCAAAUCCAUCAUCAUGGUGGAGUAUGUGUCAGAUGACUGAGAAAGCAGCAAUUUUAGUGAGGCCAGAUGAGCACAUUGCUUGGCGUGUGAAAUCAGGUGUUGACAAGGAUCCUGUUUCAGAGAUGAGAAGAGUUUUUUCUGCAAUUUUAGGAGCGAAAUAAUCAACAAAAUAAGAUACCAUAUCUAGAAGACUCCUGAUGUAGUCUACUUGUGUAUUUUUAAAGAGAAGUGUUGCUUACAGGGAGUUUUUCAUGGAUGCUACAUUUGAUUUCAAAUUGGCAUGGUUGUGGAACAUUCUUUGCAGACCAUUGGAGGGAAGCAGAUUGUAUGUAGAAUUUUCAUGAGGUAAUAUUAUUUUGUUGCAAAUCACCAUGUUCUGUCCACUAAUAUUUUGUCUGAUCAGCAUUAGAAUUUGUAGCAUUUAUGUGUACAAAGGCACAUUCUGCAGUAAUUUACUUUGUGCACUGGGCAAAUCACAUGCUAUCAAGGGUUUGGCACAUGCAUUGCCUGGAUGAACUGAGAUCAUUGUGAAAGUCAGUGCAGUAGUACUUUAUAUAUAUAUAUAUAUAUAUAUAUAUAUACAAGGAAGAUUUAAAGACACUUUGUGAUCUUCUUUUUUAUUAGUUUUUUUUUUUUUUUUUUUUUCAGAUUUGACGAUUAGGUCUCUUGUGAAGACAUUUAGGUGUAGUACUACACUAUUGCAUUGCCAUGUGUAUUCUGGAACUGACAAUGGUGAAAUAACAUAUAAAUUAUUUAC